AUGGAAGCAAAUAGACAGAAAUACGCUGCUGAUAUAACUUCCAUUAAGGAAGCUCAUGAGCGUAUUAAGCCUUACAUUCACAAAACUCCUGUGCUAACCUCUGAAACGUUGAAUUCAAUCUCCGGUAAAAGCUUGUUCUUCAAAUGUGAGUGCUUUCAGAAAGGUGGAGCUUUCAAGUUCCGUGGGGCUUGCAAUGCUGUUUUGUCCCUUGACGCUGAGCAAGCAGCUAAAGGAGUUGUAACACACAGCAGUGGAAACCAUGCUGCUGCGUUGUCUUUAGCUGCAAAUAUUCAGGGGAUCCCUGCGUUUAUCGUUGUACCUAAAGGUGCUCCAAAGUGCAAAGUUGAUAAUGUGAUCCGUUAUGGUGGUGAGGUUAUAUGGAGCGAGUCAACAAUGUCUUCCAGAGAGGAAGUAGCUUCAAAAGUUCUGCAGGAGACAGGUUCUGUUCUCAUCCAUCCAUAUAACGAUGGACGCAUUAUAAGUGGUCAGGGUACAAUUGCAUUGGAACUGUUAGAGCAAGUCCAAGAUAUUGAUGCUAUAAUUGUGCCGAUAAGUGGAGGUGGUUUGAUCUCUGGUGUGGCUAUUGCUGCUAAAUCUAUUAAGCCUAGCAUCAAGAUUAUAGCAGCUGAACCUAAAGGAGCUGAUGAUGCAGCUCAGUCUAAGGUUGCUGGUAAAAUCAUCACUUUACCUGUGACUAAUACCAUAGCGGAUGGUCUUAGAGCUUCUCUAGGGGAUUUAACAUGGCCGGUAGUGAGAGAUUUGGUAGAUGAUGUGGUAAUUGUGGAAGAUGGGGAAAUUGUUGAAGCCAUGAGGAUGUGCUAUGAGAUAAUGAAAGUCUCUGUGGAACCAAGUGGUGCCAUUGGCUUAGCAGCGGUUUUAUCAAACAGUUUCCGGAGCAAUCCUUGUUGGAAAGAUUGCAAAAACAUUGGGAUUGUACUCUCAGGAGGUAAUGUUGAUUUGGGUUGUCUAUGGGAUUCGCUUAGGGGAUCUCAGAGUAAUUAA